CUAAACAGCUCAACAGCUGAUUCGCGGUGAGGAACCUUUGGACUUUUGUGAUUUUUUUGUAGCCGAGCUGAUCCAACUAGAUAAACGGGAAAAUGUUCGUCAACAGCACGCGUAAUGUGAUGCGCAGCAGCUUCCUGCAGCGUUGCAAGAGCACCUUGGUGGUGGCCGAGCACAACAAUGAGGCCCUUAAUCCCCUCACUCUGAACACCAUUUCCGCGGCCAAGAAGAUCGGUGGUGACGUCACAGUACUGGUGGCUGGCACCAAGUGUGGACCCGCUUCCGAGGCUCUCUCCAAAGUCGAAGGCGUUACCAAAGUUCUGGUGGCUGAGAAUGCUGCCUUUAAGGGUUUCACCGCCGAAUCGCUGACACCUUUGGUCCUUGCCGCCCAAUCUCAGUUCAAGUUCACCCACAUCCUUGCUGGCGCUUCGGCUUUCGGCAAGAAUGUGCUGCCCCGCGUGGCUGCCAAGCUGGAUGUCUCGCCCAUCUCCGAAAUCAUCGAUGUCAAGUCGGAGGAUACAUUUGUGCGCACCAUCUAUGCAGGAAAUGCCAUCCUCACCCUCAAGUCCAAGGAUCCCGUGAAGGUGAUCACUGUGCGAGGCACGAACUUCCCACCGGCGGCUACUAGCGGCGGAAGCGGAGCUGUGGAGCAGGCACCAGCUGGUGAAUAUGCCAGCAGUCUGUCGGAGUUCGUUUCCCAGGAGCUGACCAAGUCCGAUCGCCCAGAGCUGACCGGAGCCAAGGUUAUCAUCUCGGGAGGUCGUGGCCUAAAGUCCGGCGAUAACUUCAAGCUGCUGUACGAUCUGGCUGACAAGUUUGGAGCUGCUGUUGGUGCUUCCCGUGCCGCUGUGGAUGCCGGCUUCGUGCCCAACGAUCUGCAGAUUGGACAGACCGGCAAGAUUGUGGCUCCCGAGCUGUACAUUGCCGUUGGCAUCUCCGGGGCCAUUCAGCAUCUGGCUGGCAUGAAGGACUCCAAGACUAUUGUGGCCAUCAAUAAGGAUCCCGAGGCUCCCAUCUUCCAAGUGGCCGACAUUGGCAUCGUGGCUGAUCUGUUCAAGGCUGUGCCCGAGCUGACUGGCAAGUUGUAAGGCGUAAGGAGGAGUUACUGUCACGUGUGUUGUAGUGUAUAAAGAUUAUGUACCGAUGAAUUGAUAACUGUUGCAUUUAUUUGAAUUUCUACCCGAGUCUGAGGAAGAUUUUUCCUCACAAAUUUUGUAAUAAAAAAGAACAAGCCGAAGACCUAUUCUAAUGUAAA